AUGGUCAAGAGCUAUGUGCAGAGCUCUUCGUGCCAAAACAAGCUGGGUUUUAUUAAUGGCACUUUAUCCAAACCCAAAAAGACCUCUGACCCUCUUCAUGAAGCCUGGGAAAGAUGUAAUGAUUUAGUUGUAUCAUGGCUUCACAACUCAAUCAAUCCAACUCUCAAAUCCAGCAUUGCUUUGGUGGAUGAUGCUAAGCAAAUCUGGGAAGAGCUCAAAGAUCGAUUCAUUCAACAAAAUGGGCAUCGAAUCUUUCAGCUCAAGAAGUCCCUAACAAGUUUGCAACAAGAAAAUGAUUCAGUCAGUGUUUAUUUUGGCAAACUUAAAACUCUAUGGGAUGAACUUCUUAUAUAUGACCCAAUGCCCGAUUGUAAAUGUGGCAAACUUUCUGUGUUACUUGAUAGGUACCAGAGGGAUUGUGUUAUACAAUUCCUCAUGGGCUUAAAUGAUUCUUACAGUAUCAGUCGUGACCAAAUCAUGCUACUGGAUCCAUUGCCUCCCAUUAACAAAAUUUUUUCCAUGAUCCAGCAGCAGGAGAUGCAACAUACCAUGAUUUCUGUCAUCCCUUCACCAGAUUCUAUGGCUCUUGCUGUUAAACAACCAUAUACUAUAUAUAAAACCUUUUCCAAACCAACUCAACAACUCAAGCGUGAUAGACCAUUUUGUACUCAUUGUAAGAUUCAGGGUCAUUCUCUAGAAAACUGCUUCAAGGCAGGGAAUGCACAAGCACCAGUUUGCACUCACUGUCACAUAACUGGUCACAUAGCAGACAAGUGCUACAAAUUACAUGGCUAUCUAGCUGGUCACAAGUUAUAUGGUAAGAUCAAGCCAUCUAGAUUCUCUUCUGUCAACAUGACAUCACUCGAGCCAGAGGAUCCAUCAGAUACUAAAUUCAACCUUACCAAGGAUCAGUAUCAGCAACUUUUAUCUCUAUUGCAGCCCAAGGAAGUCUCCAUUGCAAAUCAUUCAAUCAAUAAUGUCCAGACAGAUUGUUCUCAUUCCUCCACUAUGAAUGGACCUUUUGUCAUGGACCACGAUUGGCAUGGGUGA